AUGGCCAUGAUUGCCUCACAGCCCCAAAACAACUACACUCUUGCAGAGGGGGCUCCUCUUCCCCGCAAUGAUACCUCCGUCCAGGUCCGGAACAAGCAAGGCGGGGGCCUCGUCUUGUUGCAAGAUACCCAAUUGAUCGAGACUCUUGCCCAUUUUGCUCGAGAGCGUAUUCCAGAGCGAGUGGUUCAUGCCAAAGCUGCUGGAGCACGAGGUUACUUUGAAGUUACUCACGAUGUUUCCGAUAUUACCGAUGCCGACUUCUUGAACGGCAUUGGUAAGCGUUCAGAAGUCUUGACCAGAAUUUCAACUGUCGGGCCCGAGUCCGGCUCUGCCGAUACCAUUCGUGAUGUCCACGGUUGGGCUACCAAGAUCAAGACCAAUGAAGGCAACAAUGAUUGGGUCUUCAACAACAUUCCUGUCUUCUUCGUCCGAGAUCCCAUCAAGUUCCCCUCCUUGAAUCGAUCUCAUAAACGUCACCCCGCCACACAUUCCGUCGAUGCCGACAUGUUCUGGGACUUCCACGUUGGUGCUCCUGAGUCGGUUCAUGCACUAAUGUUCCUCUUUGGGGAUCGAGGCACUCCAGCUUCUCUCAGACACAUUAACGGUUAUUCUGGACAUACAUACAAAUGGACUAAGAAGGACGGCAGCUUCCACUACGUCAGAAUCCACUACCAUGCUGAUGGAGGCGUAAAAAGUCUGACACCUGAACAAGCCACCAAACUCGCCGGAACAGACCCAGAUGCACUGAUACUAGACUUGUAUAAUGCCAUUGAGGCUGGAAAUGGCCCUUCAUAUACUGUCUCUAUCCAAACCGUUCACCCUGAGGACGUGGCUCGCUGUCCUGUCAAUAUCUUCGACAUGACUAAAGUCUUGCCCCACGCCCUUUACCCUCUACGACCAGUCGGCAAACUUGUCUUCAACCAGAACCCCAAGAACUACUUUGCGGAGAUUGAACAAGCUGCUUUCUCACCGUCAACCAUGGUCCCCGGGAUCGAACCGUCUGCCGACCCUAUGUUGCAGGCUCGCAUGUUCUCAUACCCGGAUGCCGCACGCUACAGAUUGGGAGUCAACUAUCAGCAAUUACCCACCAAUGCGGCUAAAGUGCCCAUCUACAUUCCCACUGAGCGAGAUGGACUGAUGACCUUCGGUGCUAACUAUGCCGCGGAUCCCAACUAUGUUCAUUCGAGCAUCCAGCCCACAUCAUUCCAUGAGACAGCCAAGUCACAGUACAAGCCGACUGAGGAUGUCCUUGAAGGUCCCCUUGUAUUCACCAGUGAAAUCACAGAAGAAGAUUUCAAACAACCCCGGGCUUUAUGGAACGACGUUCUCAGCAAAGAAGAGCAAGACCGAUUCGUCAGCAAUGUUUCGGAUAACAUUGCUGCGGUGAAAAGAGAAUGGUUGAGAGAGAAGGUGUUUGGUAGGUUUUUCCCGACCUGA